AUUUGGCUGCGACUACACGAGGGACACAUCGCUUGUGAAUAACAACAGCUCCUUUUCAGUGAAUAUGUGGCUACAGACAAGCAAUUGGCAUUAAAAUAGCCGCUGUUAAAGGCGUCGAAAUGUUAUUAUUUAUUAUUCAUUGGAGCCUUCUGCCGUGCUGAAAUUGGACAUCUUUUGAAAUGACAAAGCGCCGCCGAGGAAGGGAAAACACAAUGAAAAUGCAAACACUAGUAAAAUUCGAAAGGUUGAAAUUGUAGUCGAAAUCCCACACCAUUUCAGGAUUUAUUUUUAUUCGGCAAUGACAAAAACAUGGAUUUUCGGUGAAGUGCGCCUGCAACGUCCUCCAUCCUCAGGAAAAAAAAACGUCGUGUUGAGUUUAACGGUGUGAUGACACAAGCCUGUCCAAUUGAAAAUUGCUCACGAAACACUUCAGUCGAGCGUUACAACAGUGGCCCCCGUUGUUGGUACCUGCUCAUAGCUCUGGAAUGCACCGACAUGCGAGUGUGUACGUUCUGUGUGCCGUUGAUGUACUUGAUCUAUAUCCAUUUACCUACAUUGGAGAAAAGGCAGUAGCGAUAAAAGAACGGCAAGGUAUUUGCUUCUGAUUAGGAUUCCUAUAAGGGCGCGUUUAUGAGCGAAGUCAUAUGAACCGCAGAGGGCCAGGACUGUAUCUUACGGAAGCAAACACGUGUUUUUCGCUCCCGUCCGCGAUGCUUUUCCACGGCCUGGCCGAAGGCGACGUUCACUGCAUGAUGGAAGAAAUGGAGCGCAGAGGGAAGAACGACUCGGCUGCUAUCAGCUCGGCCAUCGAUAUGGGCGAACGAGAAACGAGCAUGCCGUCGAUGAGCGGUGAGCGUGUGGCUCUGUGUGCCGGCUGCGGGGGGAAAAUAUCCGAUCGCUAUUACUUGCUUGCAGUAGACAAGCAGUGGCACAUGCGUUGUCUGAAAUGCUGCGAGUGUAAACUCAACCUGGAGUCCGAGCUAACCUGCUUCAGUAAGGAUGGAAGCAUCUAUUGCAAGGAAGACUAUUACAGAAGGUUUUCUGUGCAGAGGUGCGCGCGCUGCCAUCUCGGGAUUUCAGCCUCGGAAAUGGUAAUGAGAGCUCGGGACUUGGUGUACCACUUAAACUGUUUCACGUGCACAACGUGCAACAAAAUGCUGACCACGGGCGAUCAUUUCGGCAUGAAGGACAGUCUUGUGUACUGCCGUUUACACUUCGAGACGGUCGUGCAAGGGGACUACGGACACUUCAAUCACACGGACGUGGCUCCAAGUAAAGCGCUGGGAACAGCGGGGGCGCUCGCGCUCUCCUACUACAACGGUGUGGGCAGCGUACAGAAAGGACGCCCGAGGAAACGGAAAAGCCCUGGGCCCGGAGCAGAUUUGGCCGCUUAUAACGCAGCACUGAGCUGCAAUGAAAAUGAUGGGGAUCCCAUGGACAGAGACUCUCAGUACAAUUCUGGUCAGAAGACCAAGCGAAUGAGGACUUCCUUCAAGCACCAUCAGCUGAGGACCAUGAAGUCUUACUUUGCUAUCAACCACAAUCCUGAUGCCAAGGAUUUGAAACAGCUUGCACAGAAAACAGGUCUUACAAAGCGUGUACUUCAGGUCUGGUUCCAGAAUGCCAGGGCCAAAUUCCGACGAAAUCUUCUGCGUCAGGAGAAUAAUGGGGUGGACAAAGCUUCAGAUGGGUCAACUCUAGCUGGUGGAACCCCAUCUGGUCCAGCAUCAGAAAUUUCAAAUGCCUCGAUGAGCCCAUCUAGCACACCCACCACACUGACAGACCUCACCAACCCUACCAUGCCCACUGUCACCUCCGUAAUGACCUCUGUGCCAGGCACCUUGGACAUGCGUGAGUGCCGGAGUCCUUCACAGACCACGCUUACCAGCCUCUUCUGAUGCCUGACACUCAGUGAUAAUCACCACUGACUCUUAUAGCUGUGCAAUUAUAGAGCAUAUCCUGUUUUCUGAUCUAAGUUGUGAAAGAAUCCAUCACUGGUUUACUUUACUUGGAAACCACUUGAUAAAGUCUGUACCAUAAACACCCUUCCUAGACCUGAGGCUCGCAAAUGCUGUUUGUAAAAUGUUGCGAUAAUGCAGCUGUGAUUAGUGGCACAAAACUUUCAAAGUCAAAGAUGUUACAAUUUGGGCACUGUUUUCAAUACAACUAACAAAAUGCAAACAUAUGGUCAUGCCAACUAGAACAAUAGACAAUUAAAAGACUUAAACUACAUAAAAUAGGGGGAAAGACAAAAACAAAUUUGAAAUUUGUUAAAAAGAAAAAAACUUUUGUUUGAUCGUGAGCCUCUUUCAGAGUAUUGCAUAGAGGCAGGCAUGCCUCAGUGAAAGGAUGUUGAUGUUUUUGUUGUUGUUUUUUGUCUUUAAUGGAAUUGAAGAGAAAUUAUUUGAUUUUUUAUUUCCUUCUUACCCAACUAUGUUUACAGCAUAAGACUGAGGAUAGAAGUGCUCUUGUUAUAUGGGAAUUAACUUCUUUCUUCAGCCUUUUAUUUAUGUAACUGCACACAGGGUCAAUGUGGGGAAAAAAGGAUUAUAAUGUGAAUAAUUUUGAGAUGAAAAUCAUAAACAGUAAAAUCCUGACUGUCACGUGCCUUAAGCUGUAUUUUAGUAACCCUAUACAAAGUCCAUUUCUUAUUGCUAAAAUGAAUUGAAUUUUAAUUUGUGUAUUUUAUCCAUUGAGGCAACAAAGUUUGGUAUCUCUGCAUAAACAUGAGCGUUAAAUCCAGGUACAUACUCUCUCUUUCUUUCUGUUCAUCUCCCUCCCUUUUGCUCUCUAUCUCUCUCUCACACACCUUUUCUAUAUUUCUCUCCUAAGAGAAAUGAAAAAAAAAAUUAAUAAUAAUAUCAUAUAAAUGAUCUUAACUCAACAUCUUACCUCAUUAAGAAUCUACUGGAUAUAAUAGCACAGCAUCUAAAACCUUAAUGCAUACUUCAUCUUAGAAAAAAGAGUCAAAUAAGAGCACUGAAAAAAAUGCUACAGCUGAGUGACUAUAUGUACUAGUUUUGACGGACGUUGUUCAGAACAGCAUAAUGUAAAUCAGUAAAAAUGAUUUAAAAAUUAGAUGGAUGAUUUCCUUUUCAGUUAUUAAGAUGUGACAGUGUUGGGAACAGGGUGAAUAUUUCCAUGGUGACCAUAGGCUUCUUGUUGAAGAUGCUGUACGGUUUGAACUGAUUCCUGAGGUGUUUCUUUGAGCAUUCCUCAUAAUAUCCCAUUUGAUGUAAAUCUUCAAUUCUGUACAAAAUAUAUAUAAACAAAUUGUAUCUGGUCAUCCUUGUUAUUGCCAUAAACUGAGAAAGAAGAGGUUUUUGUAGUUGAAAAUACUUCCCAUUACUUUAUACUCUAGAUUUGGUGCCAUUAUUUAUUCUACUGUGAUCAAUGUUUUCAGAUUAACAGUGAAUGUGUUUAGUGAAAAAAUAUUUAAACACUAUAUGACCAAACGUUUGUGGACACCUGACUAUCACAUCCAUAUUUGGGCCUUCCCCAAACUAUUCCCACAAAGUUGGAAGCACACAAUUGUAUAGGAUGUCUUUGUAAGCUUUAU